UUUUGAUUUAAGUACAUUACUUUGAUAUUUAAAUAAUGCAAAUUAUUAAAACAAUCAAAAAUUUUUCAAGAUUACCCCAAUUGAUAUGUUAUAGAAAUACAGUUUAUUCCACCAAUUAUGCCGAACCAACUACUAGCCUCGAUCAAAUUAAUGAUAUUAUUGAGUCCACAACAGAUUUAAAUUAUAGGCCAAUUAAGGCUUUAAAGAACGAUUUAAUGAGCUUUACUUUCGAUGACCCUUUACUUAAUAAAUUUACAAAUAUGGUAAUGAUGGAAGCUGAUAAAAAAUUAGCUAAAAAUUUGAUGGCCAAGGCCUUUCAAGCGAUAAAAUGGAAACAAAUACGUGAAUUGUAUUUAGCUCAAUUAGAAGAUAAAAAUAAAGAUAGUGAUUCCGAAGUCAUUGAAACCAAUCCUCUUAAAAUUUUUCAUUUAGCGGUAAAAAAUGCUGCACCUUUGAUGUGGUUAAUGAAUGUUAAACGAGGGGGAACUACCUACCAAGUUCCUUGUCCUAUAAAUCCCAAACAUAGUCAAUUCAGAGCGUUAAAAUGGAUUUUGGAGGCAGCAAGAGAUAAAGACGGUAAAAUUCUUUUUGAAGAUAAAUUAGCCUGGGAACUAAUCGAUGCCUCUGAAAAUCAAGAUCCAAACCGAAAAGAAUAUCGGCUCAGAUUCAGGGCAGUGUCAUAAAAAAGAAAAGAGAUUUACACGCUUUGUGCGAAACUAAUAAAGCUUAUGCUCAUUUUCGUUGGGGCAAAUGACAACAUACAAUGCAUUUUCGUUGUUUAAAUUUAUUAUACCAAUACAUUUUAUAAUUUUAUGAUAUUACAUAGAUGAUCAAAAUUAUAAUGUAAAUCUUUUCAAUUCUCGACAAUUACUUUAUAAUUAAAUGUAUAUAAUUUAUUAAUUACUUUAAAUUCCUGGUUAACAGCGCUUAUCAACACAACCUUUUACUCUUUAUAUAUCAGAGACCUUAGGGCCGAUUUUAAUUUUUUUAAAAAAUCCGGGCCAAGUCAAGCCUGAAAAUAUAAAACCCGUGCCGGGCCAAAAAAAUUUUUUUUAAUUCCAGGCCGAGCCGUGCAAAUAGGACUUCUGCAGGUCUCUGAUAUAUAUUAUCAUUUGACAUAAAAAUUGUAUUUUUAACUAAAUUAAAAAAAUAAA